UUUUCCCCAAGUUCAAACUGUCUUCUUCGUUCACAUUUCAAUUCCAAGCUCGCUUUUCUCAUUAGAUUUGUCGUCCUUUUGAUGGAAGUCUCCGCCUCUCCGUUUCUCACCCAGGAGGAUUACACCAGUUUCUACAGCUUGUUUCAGGAUUGGGACGACUGUAGCCCCAAGAAGCGGCGCCGCCUGGACUUCUCAGGGAACGAGGCCGCCGAACCCACAUUGCUGUUGCUCAACGAAGUCGACAAUUUCAUGAAUUACAAUCCCAGGCCCCAACCCAUGGACGAGAAUUUCAAUUUCUUGAAUUUUCAGUCGGCAGGGGUAUCGGAUUUGGAAGGGGCCGAGCCGACCCGCCCCAAGCGUGCUCGCAGCGAAGCCGCCGCUAACAGUGACCGCUCGGAUGCCUCAGCCUCAGCCUCCGCCUCCGCCCAAUCCGGCGGCGGGGGCCAGCAGCGGCGGCUGUGGGUGAAGAACCGCUCGAAGGCCUGGUGGGAGCAGUGCAACAGCCCGGAUUUCCCGGAAGAGGAAUUCCGGCGCGCCUUCCGGAUGAGCCGAGCCACCUUCGACGUGAUCUGCCAGGAGCUCGAUUCGGCCGUGACGAAGAAGGACACGAUGCUCCGCAUGGCGAUCCCCGUCAAGCAGCGCGUCGCCGUCUGCAUAUGGCGGCUGGCCACCGGCGAGCCUCUCCGCCUCGUCUCGAAGCGCUUCGGCCUGGGCAUCUCGACCUGCCACAAGCUCGUUCUCGAGGUCUGCUCCGCGAUCAAGACCGUCCUAAUGCAGAAGUUUCUCCAAUGGCCGAGCGAAACCAAAAUGAAGGAAAUCAAAGACGAAUUCGAAUUGAUCUCCGGGAUCCCCAGUGUCGCAGGCGCAAUGUACACCACACACGUCCCCAUUAUCGCACCAAAAAUCAGCGUCGCCGCCUACUUCAACAAGCGCCACACUGAGCGAAACCAGAAGACUUCAUAUUCGAUUACAGUCCAAGGAGUGGUUGAUUCGAAGGGAGUCUUCACCGACGUUUGCAUCGGCUGGCCUGGUUCGAUGCCGGACGACAAAAUCCUGGAGAAGUCGGCGCUUUAUCAGAGGGCAAACCGGGGGCUUCUGAAGGACGUUUGGGUGGUGGGGAAUUCCGGGUACUCAUUGAUGGACUGGGUUUUGGUUCCUUAUAGUCACCAAAACCUGACUUGGGCUCAGCACGCUUACAAUGAGAAGAUUGGGGAGGCUCAGAAGGUGGCGAAGGAGGCUUUCGCGAGGCUGAAGGGGCGGUGGAGCUGCUUGCAGAAGAGAACAGAGGUGAAGCUGCAGGACUUGCCAGUGGUGCUUGGGGCGUGCUGUGUCCUGCACAACAUCUGCGAAAUGAGUGGAGAGGCUAUCGAUCCCGAGCUCCGGUUCGAGCUCUUCGACGACGAGAUGGUGCCGGAGAAGGCCGUGGUUUCUGCGGCGGCGAUGCAGACCAGGGAUCACAUUGCUCACAAUCUCUUGCACCAUAACUUCGCCGGGACUUCUUUUCUCUAGCGAAAUCGAGCCCUCCCUGUUUAGUAGUGCUUAAGUCAGCAGCCUAAGCCUAAAAUACCAUUUGAGUUUUGCUGGCUUAACUUAAAAUGCCAACAUGGGGUUGUUGGUUUGUGACAUUCAGUAUAGUGAGAGAGACAUAGGUUUUUGUAUUUUGUUCAUGAUAUAUGAUUGUGAUUCUUUUUUCAUGGCUUGUUCUGGUCAUGUUCCGCAAUAAUAAUAAUAAUGUUUGCCUCCACCUCCUCCUUCUGAUGGAUGGAUGGAUGGAUGGACAGAUUAUAGAUAGAUAGAUAGCCUUAUAGAUAGACAGGUAGGUAGGUAUUACUUUUGUUGGUUGCUCUCUUCUAUUGAAUAUAGACAGACAUUCUUAAUUAA